AUGAUAGAUAGAAAAAAUAUAAUAUUUUUUAUUUGUUUUAUAUUAUAUAUUAACUUUAUUCAAUUUACCAAAGGUGAUUUACCUUCUUGUGAUCGUGCAAAAUGUCAUCAUUGUCAGGUUGAAUUUAUAAGAAGAAUGUGCCCAAAUACUUGUUCUUCAUGUUCGCAAACAAGUGUAACAAAUAUUUAUAAUCAUCAAAUUAAUUCAAGACCAUUUGUUGCUAAUGGUGAACCCAACCAUAAAACUUCAGAUAUUUCUCAACCGUUAAAAAUUGAACAAAAUUUAGCACAUCAACAAUUUAAUCAAUUACCAUCAAUGGAAAGAAAUAUUGGAGUACCUACAAUACAACAAAAACAAAAUUAUCAACCUAAUAUACAAGAAAAUCAACAACCUAUGAUGUAUCAACAAUCACAACAGAUGCAACUUCAACAAUUUUCACCACCAAAACCAGCACAAUCAAAUACAUUUAAUCUUCAAAAUCCAUUUCAACUUUUUCAAUUUCCACAAAUACAAACUCAACAACCCCAACCAUUUAAUCCAUUUCAACCAUUUUUAAAUCCAGCAUUCUUAUCUAGUAACAAUAAUCAACAAAUUCAACAACAACAACAACUUAUUUCACAACAGCAACUUAUCCCACAACAACCACAGCAACAACUAUUUCCACAACAACAAAUUAUUACCCCACCAUCAGGUACUCAAAAUUAUCAUGGAUUUAAUAUGCUCCAACCACAAGUUUAUAAACCAUUACAAACACAAACAUUUUCACAAUCAUCAUUUCAACAACCAAACAUUUCACCAUUAUCUGUAAAUAAUAAUGUUAUACCACAGGGUCAUAUACAAAAACCUCAACCAAAUCCAGUCUUUCAACAAACAUUUUCUCCAGAACAAAUGAGAGUAAAUAAUAAUGGUGAAAUAAAUAAUCAAAUACCAGGACAAUUUAAACCUAGACAAAUAUAUAACAAUCAAGUAAAUUCACAACCAACAAAUGUAAUGUCAUCUAUUAAUUCAUUAGACAAUACAAAUAAUAUUCAUACUUCACAAUCAGUACAACAAAUUGCAAUACCAAGACCACCAGAUUAUAAUAUUGGCCAACAAAAUGUUCAACCAGGAUAUCAACAAUUAUCAACAAUAAAUAAUAAUGUACAACCUUCACAGGCAAUGAUAUCUUCACCACAACCAAUAAAAAGUCAAAGUAUUUAUCCAUUUGCUAGUGAAAAAAAUUUACCAUAUCAAAAUGUUAAACAUCAAUGUCCUAAACAACCAAAUUGGGAACCAUGUAUUGACAAAAAUCUUGCUAAUGAAAGAUUUAAAUCAUGUUGUUCACCAUUAGGUGAAGGUUGUUCGCAAUUAUGUUCAUAUGAUCAAACAUUAACAACAAUACAAUUAGCUGUAUUAACAGGACGUUGUCCAAUGUCAAAAGUUGGUGAUAUGAUGGUAUGUGCUUCUGGAUAUGAAGAUGCAACACCAUGUUGUGAAGCAUAUGGUGUAUUUGAACCAGGAUUUGAACAAUGUCGACCAUAUUGUAAUCCAGCAGCAGGUUUACCAAAUGAUGGUAUGUUAGCAGAGAAAUAUAAAUGUUUAGGAAAAUUAAGUCAAAUUCAAAGAUGUUUUUAUGUAACGCAAAGGCCUUAA